AUGCACUUAGAAAUAAGAAGCAAAAUGGCUUUGCAGUUUUGGUUCACGCUUUGCACAUGGACAUGCUUAUUCGGGAUGUCGCUGGCAACAGGUUUUGUUUAUCGGCUCCCGGGCAUCGGGGUACAGCGGCAGCGCGUAGUGCCAGGUUUGAGUGGCAAAAAUGGACCGCCAGGAGCCCAGACACAACUCAGGAAUUGGUGUCAGUACACUGUGUCCAAAACAGUAUCCUGUCAGGUGCACAAUGGGAGUCAACCCACUGUGCAGAGGGUGCUUCAAACCUGCCGUUGGCCCGCCACUUGCUCCAAAGUACUCAGUUACAGGACUGUCCUCAGACCAACAUUCGUGGUCUCGUAUAAACAGGUGACUUCACUGGAGUGGAGAUGCUGCCCUGGGUUCGUUGGCAAGGAGUGUCGUGAAGAGUGCAUGAACUGCACCGCAUUCACGGACAUGAGCGUCAGAAUAGACAACAUCGAGUCACAGCUCAAGUUGUUAGAAGACAUGCAUUUGCCAGCACCAGCUAUCGCCAAACCGACACAGGGACCAGCUGACAACGAGGUGGACGUGCCACUACCGACUCCGCCUAGUGCAUGCACUUGCGAUGUGGUACAAGGACCCCCUGGACCACCAGGCACACCCGGACCUCGAGGUUCACCAGGGAGAACAGGGCUUCCAGGUGUCAUCGGUCCAAAAGGGGGCAGAGGCCUACCUGGUGAAACAGGGAUACCCGGCCCGGCUGGUCCGCCAGGGCCUCCAGGUUCUCCUUCCAAGUCCUCUAUUGUACGCGUGAAUGGGGAUGUGUUUCUAAUGGAUGAUCUAGAUGGUGAAUACGUCCGUUUAAACGGCCCUCCUGGUCCACCCGGCCCGCCUGGAACAGCUGGUCCUUUGGGACCAAGGGGACCCAUUGGGAAUCCAGGCACAAAUGGAAAGGAUGGCGAUGACGGCGAACCGGGCCGGCCUGGGAAUGAUGGGCCAAAAGGUGAUCCCGGGGAAAGGGGCCUUCCAGGUGAAAUAGGCGAGCAGGGCUUCCCGGGGCGACCGGGCCUCAAAGGAGACAAAGGCGAAAGCUUCGAUGAUCCGGACGUGGUGCCACAACUCAGGGAGGCUUUGAAGAUCCUGGCCGAGAGGGUCCUGAUCCUGGAGCACAUGAUUGGCAUUCACGGAAUUCCCGAAGGAUCCGGUUAUGACGUCUAUAUGGACCCCCUGUCCCUGACCCUGCGAAAAACCAAACGCCGCCAACUUUCUCCAAAACCCACACCGGCGGGGAUACAAAAACCAGUCCCCGUUUAA